GCAAAAUAGACUGGAGAAUUUAUUAAAUUUCUAAUAUUUUUCUUAAAUGAUUAAAAUUAAUCUUGAGAAGCCAAAUAAAUGUGUAAAUACAUACAUAUACAUAUAUAAGUUUAAAUUUGUGGGUAGCAUAAUUAACAAACUGAUUUAAACUCCAUAAAGGACAAAAUGUAUUCAAAUUAAUGCACGUUGAUACACACUAGAAAUUCCUUCAAAAUGGAUGAUAUAAGUCAAGAUGCUUUAAUUAGAAAACUUCAAAUUUUAUGGAACAAUUUCUUGAAAGAUGAGAGUGUUCGAAAAAAAGAAUUUUGGGCUUUCUUGUUCCUUUUUGAGUUCAAGAAAUUGAAUCAAAACAAUUUAUCAAUUGGAACAGCUACUUUUCUUAAUUCUGUGGCUUUUCAAUUAACUACAUAUAUGCUUCAAUUGGUUUAUAAAAUUAUAUGCGAUUCUAUGUGCGAUGAUCACGGGAAAGAAAACAAUCAAAACGAUGAGUCAAUUGUCCAAGAUUCUUCAAUAAAUAUAAAGAGUUCACAAAGAACUGAUGAAUUUUCAUAUGAAAAUAGUAACGCAUCACAGGCAAUGUUUAAUAAUCCUAAUGAUAUAACUGCUAUUUUAUCAUUGAGAAAAUUUCUAACUGAUGGUUUAGGUGGUCCAAUUUUAGAAUAUUUACAAAAUUGUGAUAUUAAGUUCUUGACAUCACGGAAAAUAUUAGCAACACUUUUAAUUAAUUUAUUUCCAAAUUCUGCUUGGGAAAAUGAUCCAGUGGAAAAUCCAAAUAUCCACAACACUAGCUUGCAAUAUGAGAUAUCGAUCCCAACAUUAGAUAAUUUUAUAAACGAUUUAAUUUUGUUACGCUUACCAAAUUUUAAAAAGGUUAUGCCAAAAAAUAUGACUGAUUUAACGACAAACUGUAAUAUCAAUAAAAAAUUAUUAAAGGAUAUUAAAUUCGAAGAUGAUAUUUUUACACCAAUUAAAGCAGCUGCAGCUUCAACUGCUUUCGGAGAAAUAAAUGAUGAUAUUGAGAAGAUCGAAUAUAAUCAGAUAGAAUUUGAAAACUUUCUUUCCGUUAUAAGAAAAAGUGAUGAUAUCGCAUUAUUAUUACUAAAUUUAUUGCAAAAAUUAGUUAACGAUGAGAAUGGAAAUAAUUUAGAAGAAAACUCAAUAACUAUUGAUUCAUUAAAAUUUGCAAUGGAAUGCUUAAAUGUAUUUGCUUUAUAUUUAAAUGAUAUACGCUUAAUAAAGGGUUUUUUUAUUAAUGAAAAUUUAGAUCACUUAAACGAUCUGUUAUAUAUACCAGAAUUAUCAAAAGUUGUAUGUGAUAUAAUACGUAUUGGUAUUGAUAAUUCGUCAUUUUUGGGUGAAACUCCUGAUGAAAAAUAUAAUUUAAAUCAAAGAUUAUUUGAAAUGCAAAUGAAUGCUGUAGAAAAUUGCUCAAAUUUAAUAACAUUAAUAUUAAUGAAAUUUCAAAAAUACUUCAAUGGUAUUGAUAUAUUAUAUAAUUAUGACAAAGAUAAUAAAAUAAUAAACAGUGAAAGUUAUUUGAAAAUAAUGUAUGAUGAAAAAAAAUUGAAUUUAUCACAAAUAUUUUACAUGGCUACAGUAUAUUGGAAUUCGACAUUCGAAUUGUAUAAAAUAAGUAAUUUAUUCCGCAAACAAUUUCAAAAUAUUUUUGGCAACAUUAGAAAGGAAUCAGAUAAUCCCAAAAAUGAGAGGGAAAAAUCUAAAUCUAAAUUAGAUAUUUCAAAUGAGAAAUCAUUAAACGAAAAUAAACUUUUCAAUCUUGUAUAUAAUUCUUUAAGUUUAUAUUUAUAUUAUUAUAAAAACGAUAAAGAAAAUAUUGAAGAAAAUUGUGAUAAAAGUGAGACAGCAGAACUAUUACAAAACAUAUCAAGCAUUCUUCUUCUUGAAGAAAUUCUAAAAAUAUCAAAAAGAGAAAAUAUUUACAUAGAUAACUUUAAAUUAAUAAACAUUGCACUUUCAAAAGAUGAUGAUGAGGAAUCACUUGAUAAUGAAAAAACUUUUAUGAACAGUAGUAAUCUUGAAUUAUUUCAAGAUAAUACACUGUUAUCAGCUGAAUACAUAAAUACUACAGAUGAAAUACAAAAAUAUUCCAAUGAAGAGAUUUGUUUUGAACUUUUUAGCCCAGAAUAUUUUAAACCAUCAACAAUAUUUUUAAAUUACGAAGCAAACUGUUUCUCCAAUAAUGGUUUUUCGAGCCAAUUUCAAUUUGAAAAACUAACUUGCACUAAAAAAGUAACUUGUUACCAGGAAGGUAACAACUUUUUGAAUAAUUUAAAAUCAUCAAAUAAUAAAUAUAUUUUUAAUAUAAAUAAUCAAAAACUAGAUAGAAAAUUUUAUGAAAAUACAAAUGAAGAAAAAAACCAAUUGCAACAUACUGAAUAUCAUUUAAAUUUGUUUGAAAUAUUUGAGUUUGCAUUGAAGAGUUUAAAAAAUCAAUUACCAAAAUUUGAAUUGUUUUUUAAUUAUGAAUUCAAUGAAAAUCUCAACGAAAAUCGAAAAAAUGGUUGUGAUAACGCUAAUAAAAAAUUUAAUACAAGUGUAAAUAAUUACAAUAAUGAAAGUUUUGAUGAAAAUUUAUUAUUUUUAUGUCAACCAGGAGAUGGAAAACUAUUUUUAUUAAAAAUUUUUGAAUUUACAUUCAAUAUUUUUACAUUGGAUAAUUUCGAACUGAAUGAAGAAAAAAUGGAACAAUAUCUUAAUCAGUUAAAAUCAUUAAUAUUAUAUCAAUCACAACGACAUUGGGCACAUAUUGAAAAUGCAAAUGCUACAAUUCAAGCUUUACAAUCUUUAUUAAAAGUCGCUGAAAUAGCAAAUAGAUCUAUAUUAGUAAGCAAUUCAUCAUUAACAAAUGAAAGUCAACGUUCGGUGCAAAUUCAAAUAAAUAAUCAACAACAAUAUUAUAAAGAUAUUAAUAAACUGCAAUCACCAAAUCCAGAUGAAGAUGAUGGUGAUGGAACAUUUUUAAGUGGACGGAUUUCAUUUGUUAGCGAAGAUAUUGAUUUCCAUUCUUCGAAAGCCAGCUGUAGCAAUUUGGAAAGUGAAAUAGAAUUAAGUGAAAAUGAUACAGAAGAUUAUUAUUUAACAGCAGAUGAGGGCUAUGAAGCAGAUGCUGAAAUCCAAGAAAUGUCCGAAACAGAAGAAACUAAUGAAAAAUUGUGGAGCUCAUUUGUACCUAUGUCUCGAUUUCGGACAUUUUAUAUACAUGAAGGCAUUUGUAAAAUUGUUGUUGAAAUUCUCAUUGAAUUAUCUGUGCGAUGUAUCAAAAAUCCAAAUUUUUGGGCUAAUAUUUUAAACCAACUAACUAAUAGACUAUUUGCAAUUAAAGAAUCAUUAGGAGGACCAUUAUUUUUAAUAAAAGGUUUCACUCCUAUUUUUAUUUGCAGCGAUAUAAGACUAAAAGAUUUUCAGCAAUCCUUAUUAGAUUUGAUAACAGAUUUUAAUACGCCGGAAGUACUUUCAGCGUAUCUGGGGUUAUUUUCAUAUGAAAAUCCACCCGUUGACAUUUUAAUGAGAUAUAUGUCAUAUGUUUGCUCAAAUAUUACUAUUCAACCUAAAGCUGAAUUGUUGUUUCCUAUUAAAAGUGAUGGUUCCAUUAGUUCAACAUGCAAUCCUCUUAUAUUUGAACAAGUUCAAAAAAUUCGUAAUUAUCAUGAGUAUCACAAUUUAAAAACGCCUUUCACCAACGCAGCUUGCAUUUUACCUAUAUCUAAUACAAAAAUAUGGGCAUCUGAUGGUUUUACCCUGUCGACAUGGAUACAAAUAAAAAAAAAUCAAAAUAUUUUACAGACUUCUUUACAAAAUAUCGAUGAAAAUUGGAAUAAAAAUCAAUUAACGCAUGUUGUAUCAUUUGGAACAAAUCAAAUCAUGCUUAGUAUUUAUAUUAAUUCAAAUUACAAUUUAUUGUUUGAAACAAGCAAACCAAAUGUUGAAUUAAAUGCAGAUUCAAAUUCAGAAGAAGUUGUUGAAACCAAGCAAUUCAAAAACGAUUUUAUUUUAAGAAGAAAGAGACUGAAGAAAAAUGUGGUAGAGACUGCAGUUAAAGAGCCGCAAUCAGCUCAAGCUUUGAGCGAAUUAAGUUCAGCAAAACCAUCAUGUUCGUCACCUAACAACAAAGAAAAUUACCCUCCGAAAAUAUUACAAAAUCAAAAUUUAUUGCAAAAUGAGAAAUCAGGCAUAGUUAAUGCUUUCAAAAGCACUAAAAUGGCAAUUUUAAACAGUUUCAAUCAAUUUUCUAUUUUCAAUUCUCAAUCUGACCCGGAUGACCCGUUUGAAAGUACUUCAAUAGAAUUAAAAUAUUUUAAAUUAGCUGCACAAAAAUGGACACAUCUAUGCUUCUCGGUAGACAUCAAAUCAAAUCUUUUCAACAUAACAGUUAUUAUUGAUGGUUCCGAGCAGUAUUUAAUAAGUCUUCCUUGUAUUAAUUUGCAAAAUGCUCUUAAAAAUGAUACACUUCAUAUAAUUUGUAUCGGCCAAAGUAUUUUUAAUUUUAGAAGUGAUGCACAGUUCAAUCGUAAUGAGAAUGAGUUUAAAUUAGACGAAAUGUCUUUAGAAUACAGUUUAUCCAAUAUUUUGAUAUUUGACAAAGCGUUUGGUAGUAAAACUUUAAUUUCUAAUUUAACUGCUUUGGGACCUGAUGCUUUAAACUUAACAAGAUGCCAAAUUGGAAAUACUAUACCGAAUUAUGGUCUUUUAAACUUUAAUAAAACAUAUAAGUUUAACUAUGAAAAUUUUAAAGAAUCAAUCAAAACCUUAAAAAGUAAUUUGGUGGCACUAUAUUCGGUUUACGAGCCAAAACAAUUUCAUGAAUUUGUGAAACCAGAGAAAACAGAUUCCACGAAUUAUGUUGUUAGUUGCAAUUUGGGUGCGAUAUAUUUUGGAGCACAGUUUUCAGUUCAUCGAAUAAAAUCCAUUCAAACAGCUACUUUACUCUCAGGAGGAUUAGCAACUUUAUUAUUUCUUUUUGCAAGGGUUGUUGAAUUAUCAUUAGAUUCUGAUAUUCAAGCUAUGGCAUUAGAUUUAGUUUUAAAAGUUUCAUUGCACGAUUCUAAAUUGUAUACUGAGUUUGUUAAAAAAGAUUAUCUUUCUUUAAUAAGUUACGUUAUAAAAACCGAUAAAUGCUUAAAGGAUAUAAAUUUACUAAGGAGUUUUAUAAAUAAUUCUUGUACUGAGGUAGUGAUUACAAAACGAAAUGAUGUUAUACAAAUUAAUGAAACAACUACAGCAACGAUAAUAUAUCCUCAUAUAAUGGUUAGUGUUCUUCAAAAAUAUUGUGAUUGGUAUCGGUCUGGUGCGAAAGAAUCAAAAGUUCUUGAUACUCUUUUGAAAACGAUACAAUGUUUAUUACGUGAAAAACAUCCACAUCAACAAUUCAACAUGCAGCAAUUGAAUAGCGCGGGACUUAUAAAAGAACUACUAAAUUUAGUUAAAAUAUAUAUUAUCGAAGCAACAAAUCCAAUUUUUAUUUCAACAGAUGCAGCCGAAUCAAUUACCAAUUUAUUACGGAUAUUUGCUGGUUCUCCACCGUUACCGUCUCUUUUAGAUGAAAUAACAAAGCUUCUUUUAUUGCUUCAGAAACCUUCGGAUUGUUUCAUUACCCAUGACCGCUCAAAGUUUUAUUUUUUGGUUAGUCCAGAUCCUCCAAUAAAGCAUAAAAAAAUAAGUUUGCCAUUACCAUCACGCCAGUUAAGAGCUUUGAUGCGAGAACGUAAGAAAUCGUCGCCUUUAACUUCUACAUCAUCUCAAAGACAAAUAUCACCAUAUGGUAACAAAUCAUCAGAAUCUCAUGAUCAUCAAACCUCCGAUAGGGAAAGGUCUCGUAUAACUUUCAGCCGAUUAAACGUUGAGAGACAAACAACAAACUUAGUAAAUAUUUUGAAUAAUUUUGAUACUUUAGAAGUUAUUGCAGAUUGCUCUCGAUUAAGCAAAUCAACUCUUGAAUAUUUCAAGACAAAAGGAAAAGAUGAAAAAUUCCGACAAAAUUUGCAUAACAUAAAUACUUUACUGAAAAAUUCGCCAAAGUCACGUCAUACAAACACUCCUAAUAGAGUUUUUAAAACUCGGAAAACAUUUAAGACAAGUACAUCAACAAAUAAAGUAUUAUUAAACAACAGUGAUAGUGACAAAACUUCUGAAGCUACUAUGAGUAACAAGAAACCUGGAAAAAAACGCAUUAGAAAAAAAUCUUACUUGUCAAUACAAUUAGAUAUUAUGGCCUCCAAAGAUUAUGAUGUUAUACAAUCAGAUGAAAUCUCAACAAGUGAAAGUCAAUCUUCUGAAUCAUCACCAAGUAGAAAGAAGAAAUUUCGACACCACAAAAGAAACGAGUUUUAUAAUCAAGACGGCAUCAUCAAAUUACAGGAGCUACUUCAUUUGCUUUUAAGAGAUUUUAUAUUAAUAUUACCUGAUAGUUCUAUAGAAGAAGUUUUAACGCAUUAUGUGAAAAUCGAAAUAUUAUUGGUUUUAGCUAAUCAUCAAAGUACUAUGGUGAGGUGUGCCGUUAUUCGAUUACUAACAGCUUUAUGCGAAAGAAUGCCAAUUAGCGAAUUGCAAGUUAUGAACAAAAAGUUUUAUUGGACUCACUGCGCAAAUCAAUUAGCUAUACACAAAGGUGAUAAGAGCUUAUGUGAAGCAUCACUACAAUGGUUAACUGGAACAUUUUAUAGCUUAGAGGAAUUUUGCAUGCAUGAGGAUAUAAAAAUUUACUCCAAAUUUGCAAUCCGGUCAUAUUUAGCUGUAUUAAUGCAAUCGAUAGGAACAUGUGAUGAUGUUGCAAAAUGUUUCUUUAUAUUAAAAAACAUUUUCGAAAAAGAUACAAUAAACGAAUCUCUCCUUAUUGAAAAUGGCUUACUUCAAGUUUGCGUAAAAAGUUUGCACAAAAUAUUUUUAACUUUAAAACAAACGAAUUUGAAACUCGAAGAUAGUAUUGUAUCUCUCUUAAUUUCGAUAGCUGUCAAAUCAAUAAAAUCUUCGAGUCAUAUACAAAUACUAUGGGAAAUAAUGAAUCUACUGUCAUUUUAUCAGGAAAAUGAUAUAAUUAAUGUAGUUCGAGGAUUUCGCAAUGUUCAAGCAAACAUUUUGUUUAAUUUAUUUAGUAUUUUUGUCUUUAACAAUAGUCCAAAAAACAAAAGCAAACGUAAUCUAACUAUAGCUGACUCAACAUUGUCAAUAACAGAAACUCGAACACGUUUUGAUUUAUUGGUUGAUAGAUCUUCACAGUUUUUUACCGCGUCAGAUUCUUCGCUUAAAUGUACUGAUGCUGAAAUAAAACUUUUUAAACAAUUAGUAAAUUUUUGUAACGCUGGGUAUACAAGAUAUAGCAAUUUUAUUUCUUGGGGAUUGUUACCAUCACGUCCUAUUUAUUUACGUCUAUUUCUAGUCAACAAUUUAUGGAAAUUUUAUUCGCGUGAAACGUAUUCUUCAAUUUUAUGCGAUACAAAUAUGCUCAAUAGUCUGCUUUGGUUGCUUUUACAUGAAGAAAAACGCAAUGAAGCCGACCAUCAAAAAAUUGUGUAUCAAUUUGAAAAUUUAGAAAAGCUAUGUUCUCGUUUAGGAGUCUCAAAAAAUGAUUUUUGCGAUGUAGAAACUGAACUAGAUAAAAUUGAAAUAAAUCGAGAAAAUUUAGUAAUGAAACAAAAGCCGUCAAUUGAAAAAGUUGUUUAUAAAUACGAGUCAAUAAUACAAAAUUGUAUUGACUCUUCUAUGAUCAUAACUAGGAUUGUUGCCGAACUGCAGAAUUCUGAAAGAAAAUCUCUAAUGGGUCAAAUGAAAGAGCGCGAUGAAAGAUAUUCUUUUCAAGAAUGGAUAGCAAUAGUACAAAGAAUGACACAUGAAGGCGCUCCUUGGUUUAAUGAAAGUCACUAUUCAAAGUCAUGGGAAUUGGAUGAUACUGAAGGGCCAGCACGUAUAAGAAUGCGUUUGCGUCGUUGUGAAUUAGAUUUAGAUCGUCGUUUUAUAAUGGAUGAAUAUUAUCAACCAGUUACGUCAAAGAUGCAUCCAUUAGAUUAUUUAAUAACAGCUGGUGAUCAACAAUUAAAUAUUUCAUUGAACUCACAAGUGUUGUACAAUUUUCAAAGCAAAUAUCUGCCUGUAGACGGUGAAAUAGAUGGUGAAAUUGUAAUAACUGAUACAAAAAUUUAUUUUUUGGCUACAUAUCAUUGUAAAUUGUUUUAUGUUAAUUUCGAAAUAAAUAAAAUUUGUGAAAUAUGGACGCGAAGAUAUCGACAUGAAGAAUGCGGUCUGGAAUUUUAUUUGGAAACAAAUCGAUCGCUGUUUUUUACUAUAAAAAACAAGGAUGAUUGGAAAAUAAUAAAAGAUAUUUUUGCCGACAAAAUCGUUCAAAACCCAGAUCAAAGUAAAAUAUCUGCGUUAACCCAACAGUGGAGAGAGGGCUUACUUACCAAUUGGGAAUAUUUAAUGACAUUAAACGAUUUUUCUGGACGCACCUACAACGAUCUAAUGCAAUAUCCAAUUUUCCCGUGGAUUUUAUCAAAUUAUUCUGGCGAAAUAUUAGAUCUAACUGAUAAAAAGAACUUUAGAAAAUUUGAAAAACCAAUUGCUAUACAGUAUGAGGCUAACGAGGAGCAUUAUAUUCGAAAUUUCAAUUAUAUCAAUAAUACAAUAACAAAUAUUGGAACGAUUCAAUUAAAGCCUUAUCACUAUAGUUCACUUUAUUCAAAUUCUGGAACAGUACUGCACUUUUUGGUCCGGGUUCCCCCCUUUACCAAUUACUUUUUACGUUACCAAGAUAAUAACUUUGAUUUAGCUGACCGCACUUUCCAUUCAAUUAAUACAACAUGGAAUUUAGCUUCAAGAGAUAGUCCGACGGAUGUCAAAGAAUUAAUACCCGAAUUUUUUUGUUUACCUGAAAUGUUUGAAAAUUUUGAAAAAUUUAAUUUUGGUAAUAAACAGUCUGGUGAACUGGUUAAUAAUGUUCAAUUACCAAUUUGGUGCUCAAACAACCCGAGGACAUUUAUUUUAAUACACCGACAAGCCUUGGAAUCAGAAAUAGUGCGCAAUAAUUUACACAAUUGGAUUGAUUUAAUUUUUGGAUAUAAGCAAACUGGUCAAGCUGCUAUUGAUGCUAUUAACGUUUUUCAUCCAGCUACAUAUCCAGAAGUUUUAACACCAAAUAUAAUAGACCCCAUCGAACGUGAUGCGGUCGAAACCAUGAUAAAGACAUAUGGUCAAAUACCUAAGCAAUUAAUAAAGACACCACACCCGGCUUCUAAAGUCGUGAAUACUUUCAGUAAUUCUUUAGAGAGAAUUGAACCCAAGAUGGCAGUUAAAGGAUUACGUUGGGGUGCUUUUACAGGAUCACCGCAAUGUUCAAAGCCAGAGUUGAAUAAUAUAUAUGAAUUAGGGGGUGUGUCAAAUUUAAUCGCGUUCCCAAAUACAAAUGUUGUUUAUGGGCUUCCUGAUAAAUGCUGUGUAAUGCAAGGUCCAGUAUAUGACGUUUUCAAUUUGAUAUCAUGGAAUCAUGACGACCGCCUUAUACGUAUGCAAUCUUUAAGUGAAUUUUCGCAUUCUUCAAAACCUUUAAUAUACAAUAGCUCAUUUGAUGAAAUCACAACAUGUGGAAGCAAUAUUAAUUCUAAUACCUUAUGGUUUGGUCAUAAAUCCGGAAAAAUAAGUAUUUAUCAAUGUACAAGUUUCAGUGAAAUGAAUAGAACGUUUAGAAAUCGUCAAUCAGUUCUCAGUGGUAACAAACUGUCAUACAAUUCGGCAUUCAGAAAAUUUUCAAUGAAAAGCAAUUUUAAAUAUGAAGAUUAUGAAAAAAAUUUGACGGAUAUCGGCGAUAAUAUAGGCAAUGAUAAUUUAGAAUCUGCAGAUCAGAUAACAUGGACUGGCCCAAUUAUUUUAAUUCGUCACACAGAUGAAGUGAAUUGCAUUUCAUUGUCUCCUGAAUUUAAAAUUUCAGUAUCUGCAGCAAGAGAUGGUUUAGCAGUUAUUUGGGAUCUAAAUAACUUUAAUUACAUAAGGACAAUCGAGCGGCCAGCUGAAAUUCAUCAUUCGCCAAUUUCAUUAAUAACUAUUAGCCCCACUUUAGGUGAUAUUGUUACUAUUCACUCAAUUGAAAAACCUUCGCAUCAAAUAAAUUUAAAAAUGGAUAAUUUAGUGGAGAAUGAUAAUGAUUGCUUUGAAGCUACUGAAGAAAGUAUCGACGGAUUUGUAAAUGUUUCAACAAACCCGAAUGGAAAAUCUAUUUUGCGUUUACAUACUGUUAAUGCCAAAUACGUAAAUCAUAUAGUACACGAAGAAAAAAUUAUAUGCGUAUGUUAUUCAUAUGUUAAAGAAGGCAUUGGUAUUAAUGUUAUAGCUACUGGCAUUGAAGGCAAUAUAAUUCGAUUAUGGUCCAGUUGGGAUUUAUCAUUGGUCAAUCAAAUCAAUACAUCUAGAUCUGAAAUUAUAAGUGUAACAUAUUCAACUAAUCAACAUUUAAUUGUGUUAACAAAAGAUGGUUACUUGCAAGUAUGGGAAUCAAAGGGACUUUGUGGUAGUCCUCCGAAAUUUCCUCAAAUAAACUUUAAUAAUAAGUAGCUGAGAACAAAAACAAAAUUUGAAAAUUAUAUUUUGCUUUUAUUCUAACACUAAGUUGAGUUUUGAACUUGGUAUUUAUUUAAAUUGACAUUCUGUAUGUAUUAUUUAUUGAACAUUUUAAAAUUUAUUAUAUAUUAAGAUUUAAAAUUUAAGUUUGAAUUAUGUGAUCAAUUGGUUAUUAUAUAAUACAUGUGUAAUUAAAUAUGUAUAUGUACUUAGAAUAUGGUAGUUAGUAAGCAUAUUUAUAAUUGUACCUACUUUCUAACAUUUUUGAUUUCUUUAAAAGUAACAGUUUUAUAAAGCCAAUAAAAAUGAUUUUUUUAAACAUUAAAUAAAAAUUUUGUGCUCGAAUAAAAAUAAUAAUUUUUUAAAUAACUUGCAUUUGAUAUGUAACCCCAAAAUUAUUUUUUAAGUCAAAUGUUUUCCUAACAUUCAUGAGCCUAGAAUGUAUACCAUUCAAUAAUAAUAUAAUCUCUUAACAUGAACUCUUAAAUUUGUACUCAAAUAAAACAAUGUUAAUGAGGUUCUUCGUAAGAGACGUUCGUCAAAGAUUCUACAACAAAAAACAAAAUUUAGAAGGC